UCGCGGCAAGUAAUAGAGAAAGAGCCCGGCAAUGCAAGCAACGUGAUCGAUUGAGUCCUCUAUUGCAAUAUAUUUUUGUAUCGACAAGAUGGUCUUUAUCCUAGGCGUCAACUUCCCCGAGCGGAACCUUGUCAAGAAAUCCCUCGAGUCUUUCUUCGGAAUCGGUCACCUCACCUCUUCACGCCUCCUCGCCCGCUUCCACAUUCACCCAACAUGCAAGGUCGGUGAACUGGGAAACAAGCAGGUUCUGGAUAUCACGGCCGCCCUGUCCGACAUGAGGAUUGAGAACGAUCUGCGGAGACAGAUUCUUGACAACAUCAAGCGCUUAAAGGAAACCGGUACCUACCGCGGUCGUCGUCAUGCGCUGGGGCUGCCCGUCCGGGGACAGAACACGCGAUCUCAGAUCAAAAACGCCACCAAAUUCAACCGUAUCGAGAGACGAAUCUAAAAGGCGAUGUCGGGGUUUUUCUUUGGUUGGCGGGCCUUGCGCUUGGCUUUUUUUAUGUUGUGAGGGCAUGGAUUGGCGUUAUCAUUUUUUCUUGCUGUACCCUGUAACCUGUAUUUCUCUUACUAGAACCCAUCUUCACAAACUCGAUGGAAUGUAUCACAAUGUAG